AUGACAUACGUUGUUGAAAAGCCAUUAUAUGAACUUAGUUUUGGCUGUGAAGAUAGGCCAAAUAAGGCAGACCAAGUUAGAGAUGAAAACAAUAAUUAUCUGGAACAUGAAAAAAUAGUUCAAUACGUCGAAGAACACAACAGAAAAUUUUCGGAAAAAGUCAUGGAAGUAAAUGGCAUCUUUGAUAUGGAUCGUAUCGGCAAAUUCUCAAGAUCUAAUUAUAGCAAAUAUUUUUCAACAUAUGGCGCUUUUUCAAACACCGGAAAUUGUUUUAGUGUAAUGUUGAAGCAUAUUUCAGAAAUUUUACAGUUACCUCAGGUUCAUCAACAAUCGAAAUUUGGGAGAAGAGCUUUAUGGCAAUUAGAUCAAUGCAUCAAAAAUAUUAUCAUUGAAAGAAAUACCAUUUCCGGGUAUGUUUUCGAUAAAAUUUAUUUACGAUUCCAUCCUCAUAAUAACAAAUGGAUAGGUAAUCAUGUUGCCUUAGAGCCAUUCGAGGAUGAGUUUGGAAAAUGUAUUGCAAUACCGUUUGAUAUGUUUUUCAAAUCAUAUGUACAUCCUGAAUUUCGAAUGCUCGAAUGGAAUACUAGUAAAUGGAGUGCUAGUCGGAAAGUUAUUAUUCGUGAUUGUGAAGAGGUUGAGCUUUCAAGAAAACGAAGACCUAGCUUUGAUGCAAGCCAGCUUUUUGAAUCAUUAGAUCCUUUAGUUUUUAAUGAUUUUGAUGCUCACGCGUAUUAUGAUUCUAUUAAAUAUCUUUACUGGGCAAGAACUCAAGAACAGUUUGACAAAGAGCUUAAACUAUUUAAAAUAGCUAAAAGUCAAAAAGCUGGAUGUUCAAAUUACAGUUCAGCUGAACCUAGUUGGUGUAUAUCUAACCUGAUGCAAGGUCUAUCGGAUAAAUAUGAAGUGGAAAUUGAUAUCGAGCAAUUAAUUGGACGAAGUUUGGAUUGCUACGAUGAUUUCUUAAAAUCUUUGAAUCAGGUCUUACCAAUAGAAGAUAACACCCCAAUUUAUUAUAGGUGUGAUUCUUUUAAUAGUUGCUUUAACCAUCUGGAUUUAGUCCCGUUUGCUGGAUGUCAAUCAAUAAGCGUCCUUUGCUUUGUUAGUUGGGGUGAAAUACCAUAUAUCAGAUCAAUACAGUGGUCAGCAACUGAGGUGGACAGGCAUUUACGUUGA